AUGGCCUGCACGGAGGAUCAUACGAAGAGGAGCAUCAAACACAUGCUCACGGCCAUCGCCUUUCAGAUCGUUCUUCGGUCCAAGUCCUUCCGCCAGCGGCUGCUCGACUUGCAUGACGCCCGGAACUUUUCUAUCGACCGGCUACAAGCCGUCAACGUCUGGACGUCCGUCUUCCAGCGAGAAUUGUUUCAGGAGGCUGCGGAGAAGCCCAUGUUCUGGGUCAUCGACGGCUUGGACGAAGCAGAUCAUCCCGAGCUGUUGAUCAGACUGCUCUCGAAACUGGAGCCGCACUGUGGCCUUCGCAAGAUUAUCCAGAACCCCCAUGGGUCGUUCCUGUGGGUGGCCUUGGCUGUCGAGCAGCUCCAAGAGCAUUGGCACACGCCGGAUACUCUCAGUCAGGCGCUUGAGGGGCUACCCCAGAGCAUGGAAGCGUUUUACGACAGGAUGAUACAAACCAUUGCAAGCCAGCCAGAAAGGCCCAGGCUUAUGGCUUCGAGGAUUCUUGCCUGGGCAAUGUGCUCACUACGGCCCCUUGGACUUCAAGAGCUGCAAGAAGUCCUCGCUGCCGAGUUUGGCGCAUUCUUGAACCUCGAGGACUCGGUAUCGCAACUUUGCGCCAACUUUGUCAUUGUUCGAAAAUCUCAGGUUACAUUAAUACACGAAACAGCCCGUAGCUUUCUGCUGGACCGAGAUAGUGGUCGGCUAUUGUUGCUCAAACCUCAGUCUGAACAUGAGUACAUUGCCAAAGCCUGCCUGAAGUUCCUCAUGGAUCCGAAAAAGGACUGGAGACGCGUGCUCACAAUUUCCAAACAGGCCGCCUUUGACAACCAUCCUUUUCUUUCCUACGCGAUUAGCUGCUGGGCACACCACGCCAGCCACGCACCGCCAUCUGCGAAUCUUGCCGCACUCGUCCAAACAUUCUUGAACAAGUCCGCCCUCGAUUGGAUCCAUGCCGUCGCGCUGCUCGGCGAUAUUAGGGUCCUGACGCGUGCUGGCGAGUCCCUUCGGACUCUUUCUGACUGGCGGACCGACACAACCCAUGAAAAUCUGCUGCAGUGGUCCAGGGAUCUCAGUCGCUUCCCUGGCCGAUUCGGCCGGAUUCUGGCCUUGAACCCUCUCGCCAUCUACCAGCAGAUCGUCCCCUUCUGUCCCACUCAGUCCAUGAUAAGGCGGCACUUCGGUCAAUUCAGCACUAUUUCCGUGUCGGGUGUGUCGGAAUCCUCCUGGGGAAACUGCGUCGGGCGCCUGAUGCUGGGCAAGACUUCCGGUUUUAUCAAGCGAGUCGUCUGUCAAGGGCCCUAUGUCAUCGCCGUAACUGAGGAAUGCGAGCUGAUUGUGGCUUCUGCCGAGUCGUGUGAUGAAAUCAAGCGAAUAACCCUAGAGGAAGUGUGGAAAGAUAAGACUCCUAUCCUUGCUAUGGCUAACAGCGGGGGUUCCUCGUUGCUGGCCGCCGCCGACGGGCGCCGGGUCCGGAUCUGGGAUCUGGCCACGGGAGAGGAGGUAUUAUCCAUACCGCAUUACUCCGGGAUUGUGGUUCUGGCACUAGCUUUCAAAAACGAUGAUGAGCAUCUGUUGUGGGACCUUCAGUCGGACAUGCUGAGGCGCCUGCCGCACAUCAGGUCAAUGGAGUUCGCAUUUAACUUCGUCGGCACGUUACUAGCAUGUGUCACUGAUGGGUACGGGUCCUUCUCGAUUAGGAGGCUGCCGGAAUAUUGGGUUCUGAAAGAGUGGUCGCAAUUUCCACUUGUAGGCCGUUACGUUUGUCUCCCGGAUGCCGCUGAAAUGGAGCCGAUUUUGGAUUCGUCUGUCUCAGACGAUUGGCCUCCGGAACCCGAUGUCAUUUCUGUCCUGCUCGACCCUUCUGGCUGGGUCUACCUGACAAGAGAUUGGUUUACAGAGCCGAUCCACAACACAACCAAGGGAAAGACGCCCAUCGGGAACCAGGAUAAAAUCUCCAUUAUUAGUUUAGGCAACACGCCUACAGCUCUAUCACCUUCGGGCCGGUACGUUGCUACGGGAAACCCUGAUCUCCACGUCAUCGUCUACGCCGUCAGCAAAUUCGAGAGCCCUGAGAGUUACAGCCUCAAGAUCAACUCAAUAACACACGCUUUGGCUGCAGACAAAGCCAGUUACUAUAUUGUCUUGGAAAUCGGAAAUAACUUUCAGAUGUCGAGGACGACCUUUACAGUUGACUUUGGAGAUCCCACCAAGGUCACGCAGCCAAGGUUUGUGGAGGGCGCGUCCGACCUUGUUAAUUACCUCAUUGGAUCAUGCCAGGACCAUGUUGUAUUCCUGGAUUACGACUACUGCGUUUGCACCUGGGAUCUGCGGGUCGGACCCGCGUCGCUGAAACGGCACUUCUACUUGCCAAAGGACUGGCUUGACAGGGACACGUUGGAUAAGUUAGGGAAAGAGUCCCAGGCCAUUAUCCGUAUCAAAAAACAACAGGGCCGUUUCCUGCCGUGGUUUACCACGCCGCCCCAAUAUUGUCUGCUGCCGGUACUGCCCAGCGAGGCCAACCAUCAGCGGGUUCAACGGCCCGCGAGGAAGACAUUGAGACCACCGGAAGCUACUGUGACCCUUGCGAGGGGCGAGCCCUUUCAGUGCGGCGCGCCGGGCUUCAUGGACAGACGCUUGAAGGACAUCUGGGACAACGUCGACUAUCUCUCAGUAAACACUUCGGUUAAGAAAGGCCAUAUUGACAGAAUGAUGCUUGUUGCCAUCGAAAAUACAUCGUUUCCUUAUAUCCCCCUAUCCCCAACAACGCUCCCUUAGCACCGCAAAAAGUGUACACCGCAUCCCUCCAGAUCCCACCCAACCAUAUUGCAAUAGCAGUUCUACAAUAUGAAUCCGAACCUUGAAUCAGGGGAUCAGAAUCCCGUUGUUGAUAUGCACCACCCGCCUGUCCCAACGAUGCCUCCUCCC